CGACCGGAGGAUUGGGAAGGGGUGACGAUGGAAAAUGGCCGGGUGGUGGAGCUCGAGUUGGAAUGGUUUGGCCUGAUCGGAGCGGUGCCAGCUGAGCUUGGGCGCCUGAGCGCGUUGAGGAAGUUGAACCUCGAGGGCAAUCAGCUAACGAGCAUGCCCGCAGAGAUCGGGCAGCUCACAUCGCUGACGGAGUUGUCCCUCGGCGAAAAUCAGCUGAGGAGUGUGCCGGCGGAGAUCGGACAGCUCACGUCACUGACGGAGUUGAACCUCUUCGACAAUCAGCUGACGAGCGUGCCUGCGGAGAUUGGGCAGCUCACGUCGCUGGUGCAGUUGGACCUCGAAUACAAUCACCUGACGAGCGUGCCUGCGGAGCUCUGGCAGCUCACGUCGCUGGAGAGGUUGAUCCUCGACAACAAUCAGCUGACGAGCUUGCCUGCGGAGAUUGGGCAGCUCACGUCGCUGAAGGAGUUGGGGCUCCACCACAUUCAGCUGACGAGCUUGCCCGCGGAGAUUGGGCAGCUCACGUCGCUGAGGGAGGUGCACCUCUACGGCAAUCAGCUAACGAGCUUGCCGGCGGAGAUCGGACAGCUCACGUCGCUGGAGAAGUUGUACCUCUACGGCAAUCAGCUGACGAGCGUGCCUGCGGAGCUCUGGCAGCUCACCUCGCUGGAGGAGUUGGACCUCAAGGACAAUCAGCUGACGAACUUGCCGGCGGAGAUCGGGCAGCUCACCUCGCUGUGGCAGCUGCACCUCAGCGGCAAUCAGCUGACGAGCGUGCCGGCGGAGAUCGGGCAGCUCGCGUCGCUGACCGAGUUGGAACUCAACGGCAAUCAGCUGACGAGCUUGCCGGCGGAGAUCGGGCAGCUCACGUCGCUGAAGGAGUUGGAACUCAACGGCAAUCAGCUGACGAGCCUGCCGGCGGAGAUCGGGCAGCUCACGUCGCUGAGGUUGUUGAGCCUCAGAGACAAUCUGCUGACGAGCGUGCCGGCGGAGAUCGGGCAGCUCACGUCGCUGACCGAGUUGGAGCUUCACGGCAAUCAGCUGACGAGCGUGCCGGCGGAGAUCGGGCUGCUCACGUCGCUGAGGGGGUUGGGCUUCAAGGACAAUCAGCUGACGAGCUUGCCGGCGGAGAUCGGGCAGCUCACGUCGCUGAGGGGGUUGGGCCUCGAAUGCAACCUGCUGACGAGCGUGCCGGCUGCGAUACGCGAGCUCAGAGCGGCGGGCUGCACUGUGGGCAUGGAUGACGGUGUGACGGUGGAUGAGUGCUUGCGGCACCUGUCAGCGUAGGCAUGGUGUGAGAUGGUAGACUGUAACGCGAUACCAACAAAGUCUC